GUACUUAUUGCUGAUCGGAUUGACUCAAUGAGCGCCUGCCAGUGACGCGUCGAUGACUCGAGUGAUUUACAACGGUAAGUAUAUAGAGGCUAUGUACACCCUGGACGCUCGUAAACGGGCUUGCCCGCCUCGUUCUGCUCGCACCCAUCGUCCAGAUGUCUUUCGUGAAUCUCUACAACCCCCCUCCUCCGGCGGAUCCGCCUCCCGGCACCGAUACCGCAGUCGACCCGGAUGGACCAUCGCUCUACGGACCCUCUCCUUACGACAUCAACUUCGCCUUCCCGCUAGACACAGCUUGGCUCGAAAGCACGCAUGUACGCCUCACUCCGUUCAUCCCUCGCGUUCACGCGAGGGCAUACUGGGACGCUGUCGCACCCGUGUCCACGGAGCUGUUCCGCCACUUCGGUAUCGCAUGGGCGACUAUGGAGGAGAACCUCGCGUACAUCGAGAAAUCCUACCGGCAGAGCCCAGAAAAUAUCCUCUUCGCAAUCAUCGACAAGACACGCUCGGGCGAGGCGAGCGCACAACGUGAUGACGACGCGAUGAGUGCCCCUCCAGCCGCAGGCAGUCUUGCGGGCGUGAUAAGUCUCCUUCACACGAGCUCCAAGAAUUUGACGGCAGAAAUCGGCUACACCGUCGUCUUACCUGCAUUCCAGCGAACCCACGUUGCUGCGCACGCUGUAGGUUUACUCCUGCGAUACUGUCUCGAUCUCCCGAGCGCUUCACCUCCCGGCCUUGGGCUCCGACGCGUGCAGUGGAUGGCAUAUCCGGAGAAUAUCGCGUCGAUACGGCUCGCGGAGAAGAUGGGGUUCAAGAGGGAAGGAGUCUUUAGGUGGAUGUGGGCGGUCUCGGAUGAGGAAGGAGUGAAGCCGAGGAAGGGAGACUCUAUGGAAGACAAGACAGGGCGAGAUACGGUGAUACUCGCCAUUUGUUGGGACGACUGGGAGGAAGGGGGGCGCUCUCGUGUACAAAGUCGAAUUAGUGCGUAGUAAUAUCGCCCUUGUGCAAUUCAUGCCGGCCCUCCAAGGCUGUAUUAGUCACGACUCACAGUGAAUACAUCAUUGAAUAAGCCAAAA